GCAGCCAAAGGAGUGCUUCUGUGAAGGGUUUUUUUUCUUCUGAGGUGCACGCGGCACACAAGACCAACAAAGGUCCGCUUUGACUUACUUUGUUUUUGACCGCGCCGCACAAUGGCGGCAAGUAGCACCACGAGUAAUACGACGCCGGUGCUGCCGGUCACGGAGGCGCGGGCGUCCAUCGUGCGCAUGAUCCGCCACAACCAAGCCGUCAUCAUCGUCGGUGAAACAGGCUCUGGUAAGACGACGCAGAUCCCGCAGUACGUGUGGGACGACAUCCUCAGCAAACGUCCCGGCGGCGGCAUUGUGGGCUGCACCCAGCCACGCCGUGUGGCGGCGGUCAGCAUUGCCCGCCACGUCGCCCACACACGCGGCGGCGGCAAAGUCGGCGGCGAGGUCGGCUACGCCGUGCGCUUCGACGACACGUGCACGGCAGCUACACGAGUGAAGUUUUUAACGGAUGGCAUUUUGCUGCGCGAGAUCCAGGCGGACCCAACGCUGAGCAAGUACGGCUGCAUCAUUCUCGAUGAGGCCCACGAGCGCACGCUGCACGGCGAUGUGCUAUUUGGCCUCCUCAAAGCCAUCGCCCGCAAGCGCGCGGACUCGCUCAAGAUUGUGGUGAUGUCUGCCACCUUAAACGCGGAGCACUUCUCAAAGUUUUGGUGGAACGCCCCCAUCGGUGUCGUGCACGGGCGCAUGUUUCCUGUGACCAUCUUGCACACCGUUGAACCCCAGGCAGACUACGUCGAGGCGGCGAUUAGCACCGUUCUGCAGCUGCACGAGAAGGAGCCGCCAGGCGACGUCCUUUGCUUUCUCACUGGCCAGGAAGAGAUAGAGGAUGCGAAGCGCAUCUUGCUAGAGCGCAUGCGGCUGCUGCCCAACGAUGUGCCCGACUUCUCAAUUCUCACGCUGUACUCUGCGAUGCCGUACGAGCAGCAGUUACUCGUCUUCGAGCCGACGGCGCACGGCGAGCGCAAGGUGAUUCUCGCCACCAACAUCGCGGAAACAUCCAUCACGGUGGAGGGUAUCCGUUACGUGGUGGACAGCGGCGUUGUCAAGGCGAAGUACUACAACAGUAAAUCCGGCAUGGAGGCGUUGACAGAGGUGGACAUCAGUAAAGCCCAGGCCACGCAGCGCACGGGUCGCGCCGGUCGUGUCGCCGCUGGCAAGUGCUACCGUCUCUACACUGCCAACGCCUUUGAAAACUUGAGCGAGAACACGACUCCUGAGAUUCGGCGGAGCAGUCUUCUCAGCGUGGUGCUGCAGAUGAAAAGCCUGCACAUUGACAACAUCCUUGGCUUUGAGUUCAUGGACACGCCGCAGCCGCGCGCCGUCGCCAAGGCGGAGGAGACGCUGAUGCUCCUGCAGGCUCUCGACAAACAGGGCCACAUCACUGCGCUGGGUGAGAGACUCACGGACUUUCCGAUUGAGCCGAUGCCGGCGAUGGUACUUCUUGCCGCGAAGGCCCUUGGUGUGUCCCGCGAGGCCGUCACAGUGGUGGCCAUGACCAACACGGAGAACUUGUUUCUCACCUCGCGCGAGUUCAAAGACGGCGCAGAUCGUUGUCGUGCGGCGUUCGCCAAGUCUGCUGGCGACCACGCCACCCUCCUUAGCAUUUACCAAGCGUAUCGCCGCUCCCCGCGCGAGCAGCGCAAGACGUGGUGUGAAUCGAACUCGAUGAGUCAUCGUCAGAUGCUGAAGGCAGAGGAUAUCAUGACUCAACUGCAGAGCAUUUUGGACGAGAAGGACGACCGCCCACUUCUGGAGCGAAUUCUGCCGCCGACGCUGCGUUACCUGCGCGCCAGCGAUUCCACCUCCGCCGGACACGCACCCAAGCGGGCGCGAAAGGAACAGGAAAGCGCAGACACCGACAAGGGCGCACUCGACGGUAACGAUGAUCUCCUUCAGCGCUAUGAGGCGCUACGGCACGGCGAUGACGGCGCUGAUGCGGCCGGUAGCAGGGGAGAGCGCAAAGGCCGGCUGCUCGAUGCGGAACUUGUCCGUCGUGCGUUGUGCUUUGGCUACUUCCUCAACGCUGCCUUUUACAACGCCAAGCUCGGGAUGUACCAAACGGUGGUAGGUCAGCUGCCCGUGCACAUUCAUCCCUCCAGUGUGCUGUUUACCCACCGCAAGAAGCCUGCGUUGGUUAUCUUCAACAGUGUGGUGCGCACGACGAAGCGGUACAUGAAGGACGUUUCUGUGGUGUACGAGGAAUGGCUGCAAGACGCUGCACCGGCUUUCUUGACUGCUGCGUCCUAA